AUGGUGUCGUCGUUGACAGAUCGUGAGGCAGAAGACUACCUUGUACUGAUACUCAGUGAUUCCAAUCCGCCGACAGGCGGGUUCAUUGCCUCAGCCGGCCUCGAAUCGUAUUACUCGCAUGGUUUCUUGACACAUGGUCAGGACCAACUCGUGUCAUCGACGCUAUCGUUCGUCGAGCACACGCUAGCCAACUAUGCCACCAGUGUGCUGCCGUACAUGUGCGCAGCUUAUGCUUUGGCCGACAAGUACGUGCAAGGUGAUGAGCGUGCAUUAGAUGCUAUUGGUAGGCUUGAUUGGCAUCACCACACGCUCCUGCUGAAUCAUGUGUCGCGCCGAGCCUCUCUGAUCCAAGGCAUGGCGCUCUUGACACUCUACAUGCGGUCCUUUGCGCCAUACCCAGGCGCGAAAGACGACGAGCAUGCGCAACCAGAGCCGAAAUCACAUGCUUUUCGUGCACGCACGUUGGUCGAACAGCUUCGCCUGCGCAUACGGCGUGGCGGAGCAAAGCUCUCAUCGGGUGCCAUGUCUCUUUCAGCCACCGAGCUGGCGGGACAUCUUGCCAUCUGUACGGGGGUGUUUUCUUGCUGUGUUGGUCUCUCCGUGGAGCGCAUGAUUCAUGUUAACCUGUUUCUACAAGCGCGCAAUCUCAUGUCCUGCUCCAUCCGGCUCAACACCUUGGGGCCGUACCUGGCACACCAGCUUCUGGCAACGAAACUGCGACACGUUGUGUCUCGAAGCGAAGCUCUUUUGUCUCGGCACGCGAGUGAAAAGCUCGUCUCAUACGCAUACCGGGACACGAGUCAAAGUGAGGACGCAUGGCUUGAUGACGAACUCGACGAUACUGAUAUGGAUGUGGCGUGCACGACGUGGCCUUUGGGAGAUAUUGUCCAAGCGCGGCAUGACCAGUUACACUCACGGCUAUUCAAUAGCUAG